AUGGCGGAAGUGGACACGCUACACACCAAAAGACAGGAGCCAGAGUCAUUUGCGAGGCAAGAUCGGAUUGUGGAUGCUGAAGGGGAUGUGCAGAAGUACGAGACACAUAAGCUUGUGCAAGAGGCUACCCGUUACGGCCUGAGUGUGCAGAGUACAAAAGAUGCGGCAUACUUCUCGAAUACGGCGCUACAGAUUGUGGCAGGGCUCUUUCCUGAACGGAAGCGAGAGACGUGGCCGGAAUGCGAGAAGUGGAUAUACAUGGAACCAGUUGAUGCAAGGGCAUUCGAGCUGCGAAAGCAGGUACUCGGCGACAAGGAUCCCGAUACGAUUCGGAGCAUGGCAGAACUUGCAACCACAUACCAUGAACAGGGCCGAUAUAAGAAGGCUGAGGCAAUGACGGUUAAGGCCUUGGAGCUGCGACAUCAGGUACUCGGCGACACGCAUCCCGAUACGAUUCGGAGUGCGGCAGACCUUGCGGCCAUAGGGCCGGAACGAAGAGGCUGA